AUGGCAGACCCCGAACCACGUAGAAGUGCUAUUAAUGAUUUGGUGCGGUGGGCGCAGCAGCUCACGGUGACGCCGCGCCCAGUGCUCCAUAUUGUGACGGCGCAGGAGUUCGGCAAGUACCGGCAAUGGUGCAACAACAUUGUCCGGGUGGACAAUUUCGUAGCCAACGGCGUCUGGGACACUUGGCCUGAGGAGAAGAUGGCAAAAAUUUCCCUGAACUACGGCAACUGGAGGGACUUGUGCGGCGAGUUCUCGCUGAAGUACGGUCGAGACGAAGAUGGAAAGGAUGCUCUGUUCAGGGAUGCGACGUGCAUCUCUGGUCUUGGUGAGGAUGGGGGGACUGGCUUGGUCUCGUCAUCCGAGCCAAAGGCUGGUGGGGUCUAG